AAUACAAGUAGUCCUUUAUAUCAUCUCAUUGACAUUCUUUCUCAUAACUUCCAACGAAACUCUCCCUUCUUCUCCAUCCUCUAAAGUUAAAACCCAAAAAAAAUGGAGGAAAUAAACCCAAAAAGUACAACAAUUCUUGUAAUUUCAACCUUAUUUUUAUUCCCAUUAUUUAUAAAUGCAAAAUCCCAAAAUGCUCAUCUUACGAAACUAUACAAAGCCAAAUACCAUGGUAGUACAAGUAAUGAUAAUAUUGACAAGAAACCAUAUGAUACAAUGCUUGUGGAUGGUAUAGUUAAUAAACGCCACAAAGAACAUCACCAACACCAUCAUCGUCUUCGUCGUCGUCGUGAUCAUCAGAAGGAGCUUAAGGAGAGGGAUAGAAUAGUAAAGUUACCAGGACAACCACCUGUGAACUUCUCACAAUAUGGUGGUUAUGUUACAAUUGAUACCAAAGCUGGAAAGGCAUUUUAUUAUUAUUUUGUGGAAGCUCCUAUUACUACUACGAACAAAAACAACAAUUCUUUGCCUCUUCUUCUUUGGCUUAAUGGAGGCCCCGGUUGUUCUUCUUUGGCUUACGGAGCUAUGGAAGAGUUAGGUCCAUUCCGAGUUAAAAGUACGGGCAAAGAAUUAUACAGGAACAAAUUUGCAUGGAAUCACGUUGCCAAUGUUUUGUUCUUGGAGUCCCCGGUUGGAGUUGGAUUUUCGUACUCAAACACAACAUCAGAUUAUGAUACAAACGGCGACACUAAAACAGCUGAAGAUAAUUACGUAUUUUUAUUGAAUUGGCUCGAGAGAUUCCCCGAAUAUAAAGGCAGAGAUUUCUACAUUUCCGGUGAAAGUUAUGCUGGACAUUAUGUUCCUCAACUUGCUCAUGCUAUUCUUCAACACAACACCAAGCCUAAAAGUACCAUCAUCAACCUCAAGGGCAUCAUUAUGGGAAAUGCAGUGAUAAAUGAUGAGACAGACUUGAAGGAAAUGUACGAGUAUUUCUGGACACAUGCAAUAAUAUCAGACGAAGUAAGAAAUGAUGUAAUGAAGCACUGCAAUUUCAGUCCAAAUGCGAACAACCAGAAAAUAGAAUGCAAUUCAGCCGCGGAUCAAGUAGAGAUAGAUAUACAAUACUUGGAUGUUUACAACAUUUAUGCUCCUGUCUGUCAUUCCACUAAUCUUACUCUCAAAUCCAAGAAGCUCACUCAUGAUUUGGAUCCAUGUAGUGACCAUUAUGUGACUGCUUACAUGAACAACCCUGAGGUCCAAAAGGCUCUUCAUGCAAAUGUGACCAACCUCUUUUAUGAUUGGCAGCCUUGCAGUGCGGUUAUCAGUAAAUGGGGAGACAGUCCAUCAACAGUUAUCCCUCUUCUAAAGGAAAUUAUGGCAAAGGGCCUUCGUGUAUGGAUUUUUAGUGGUGACACGGAUGGAAGAAUACCAGUAUCUUCAACAAGGGCAUCCAUAAAUAAAAUGGGAGUUCCAAUAAAGACAAAAUGGCAUCCUUGGUUUAUAAAGGGAGAGGUAGGAGGAUACACACAAGAAUAUCAAGGGAAUUUAACAUUUGCAACAGUAAGAGGAGCAGGACAUCAAGUGCCUAGCUUUCAACCUCUUAGGGCUCUUUCUUUGAUCUCACAUUUCCUUGCUGGAACACCUCUACCCAAUACUUCUAGAACCAAAUUCUAUUGAUUUUUUUUUUAUGAAAUUAUUCCUAAGGAAUUCUAUGUCUCCCAACAAGGAAAAUAAAAUAGAAUAUAACUUGGGAGUACGUUUGAGUGAUUAA